UCUAAAGAACCCACCUCUCUCUUUUUCUUAACUUGGUUUCAUGAACAAUUAUUAUUGAUUAGUAAUCGUGAGAGAAACAAAUAUAGAGAAUAUAAGCAUACUUUUCUUUUGAAGAAUAUAUUGAAGAUGGUUAAAUCGAGAGACUUGUUGCCGUCCUUGGCGAUGGUGCUGGUGCAAAUCGGCUACGCAGGCAUGAACAUUACGUCGAAGAUGGCUAUGGAAUCCGGCAUGAAGCCUCUCAUUCUUGUCGCUUACCGCCAAAUCUUUGCCACUAUCGCCACCUUUCCCGUCGCAUUUUUUCUUGAACGUAAGACAAGACCGAAGAUCACACUAAGGGUUCUUGUCCAAAUCUUCUUCUGCUCCAUCACCGGUGUGACCGGGAACCAAGUGCUCUACUUCAUAGGACUUCAGAAUUCAUCUCCCACCAUUGCUUGUGCCUUAACUAAUCUCUUGCCGGCGGUCACUUUCCUCCUCGCCGCAAUCUUCAGACAAGAAGCUGUAGGGAUUAGAAAGGCAUCAGGACAAGCCAAGGUGAUAGGGACAGUAGUAUGUGUGGCCGGAGCCAUGGUUCUUUCCUUCUACCAUGGUCACACCAUUGGCAUUGGAGAGUCCAAGAUCCAUUGGGCUUAUGCUCAAAACAUCACUAACCAUGGUUCCGAUUCCAACGGUUCUAACUUCCUCUUGGGGCCUUUCAUGAUCAUGGCUGCCGCCGUUUCGUGUGCCGUUUGGUUCAUUAUUCAGACGAAAAUGAGUGAAACAUUUGCAGCACCAUACACGAGCACACUUCUAAUGUGUUUGAUGGGAAGUAUCGAAUGUGGAGGCAUCGCUUUGAUCUCCGAUCACAAACUCGCUGAUUGGUCUCUCGGCUCUCCUCUCCGUCUCAUCUCAGCCCUUUACGCCGGAGUGGUGGCGUCUGCGUUAGCGUUCUGCUUAAUGUCAUGGGCAAUACAAAUAAAAGGUCCUCUCUACGUAUCUGUUUUCAGCCCAUUACUGCUCGUAGUUGUCGCCGUUUUCAGCUGGACUCUUCUUGAAGAGAAACUCUACACCGGCACGUUUAUGGGAUCAGCACUUGUGGUUAUUGGGCUGUAUGGCGUUUUGUGGGGGAAAGACAGAGAGAUGAAUGAGAAUCAAGACCAAGAACAAGAAGAGAACCAAAAGAAGGUGAAACAACAACACGCAGCCAAAUGUGAUGUUAACGAAGAUAUUGAAUCGAGAUUGCCUACGGGAGGAGGAGGAGCAGCAUCAGGUAGUGGCAACGGUGCCGGUAGACUUAUCUCGCCUUAAAAUGUUGUUGCUUCUUCAUCAUAUAAGUAUGAGCUAUUAUGAGUCAACUAAA